AUGGCAGAGCGAGCGCCGCCUCGUGGCUCCCGCCCCAGUCUCCGCAACACAUCUCUCUCCCUCUCCUUCAUCCACGAUCACCAGCAGUACAAACCCGCAUCGCCGCCUACCCACCAGCCCGAGCUUGGCGCCUCCAUCUCCGGCACCUUGGAGGACUCCAGGGUGAAGGAGAGCGGCAUCGUACACUCGCUGUUCGGCGACGCCCUCACCUCGCUGCCGGCAGACACGCCAAAGCUCGUCGCGACCCUCUUCUAUGCCGGCCCCUUUGCGACUCACUCGGCCCAUCCGGAGGCCACCGAGGAUGGACCGCUCGAGCCGGCUGGUCCUUCUCUGCCCCUCGAUGCCCUGUACGGCUGCCACGUCUCCCAGCUGUGCCUUACAAGCUUCCUUCAGACCGUCGAGGGCCUCUCUCAUCCGUACCGCCGCAUGACCAGCUCGCAUAGAUGUCUGGACCGGCAAGAGAACCCUCGCGUGGUCGAGGUCACCAUCUCACCCUCGCCCAGUGGGGAGUAUCUCUCCUUCGACGAGCUGCGGAAGCACGAGAGUAUCUGGCGGUUCGAGCGGGCAUGGAACGUCGAGGUCGUGCUGCAGAUGGAGAGCGUCUGGAGGAGGUAUAAACGGUUGGCCGUUUUCGACAUGGAUAGCACUCUCAUCCAGGAAGAGGUUAUCGAUGAGAUCGCCAGAGUUAUCGGGGUAGAGAAGGAGGUUUCCGAGAUAACCGCCCGCGCGAUGAACGGCGAACUCGACUUUGCGGCCUCGCUCAAGGCCCGUGUAGCUCUGCUCAAGGGGACGCCAGCAGACGUGUUCGAACGGCUAAAGUCUGUCAUCACCAUCUCGCCGGGUGCACUAGAGCUGUGCACGGCGCUCAAGAACCUGGGAUACAAGACCGCCGUGCUAAGUGGUGGCUUUCAGCCACUGGCUGACCAUCUGGCAGAUCAACUGGGCCUGGACUAUGCAGUUGCAAAUCACCUCGUAAUCGACGAAGCCACCCAGACACUCACCGGCGAGCUCUCACCAGACCACCCCAUCGUAGACGCGAAGCAGAAACGCACGCUGCUUCGCGCCAUCGCCGCAAAGAACGGCAUAGACAUGUCUCAGACAAUUGCAGUAGGUGACGGUGCUAACGACUUACUUAUGCUAAAGGAGGCGGGGUUGGGAGUCGCGUGGCGCGCAAAAAGCAUGGUGCAGCUUGAAGCGCCGACGAAGUUGAACGGAGAGAGUCUCGAGGAUAUCUUGUAUCUUCUUGGUUUGACUGAGGAGGAGGUUCACGCCUUGAUGGUGAGUUCGCCCGCGGACGAGCCGAUGAAAGGGUUGACGAUAAGGGAGCGGACCUCGUAA